AUGUCUUCACUUUUGAAAGCAAGCUCAAUAUUAGAGCCCUCGAUUUAUACAACAAUAUCAAAAAAUCUCUACUCAACAAAGCGAAACAUAUGGGCUAAUGCUCAAACAGCAGAAUUUGUAGCUUCAGCAAAUUCGAUUUCAACCAUUCCGAAAUCUACCGGGUUACCAGAGAUCGUAGUUACAGGACGUGCCAAUGUUGGAAAAUCCACGUUGCUUAACUGUAUUUUAGGAAGGAAAUCACUUGUAAACACCAGUAAAAAAGCUGGACACACAAAAGCUCUGAAUCUCUUCCGCGUCGGGGCAGAACCCGGAAAGCUUAUCCUUGUAGAUGCGCCUGGUUAUGGUACUCGCGGAAGAGUCGAAUGGGGGGAACUUUUUAAGCAUUACAUCCAAAACCGACCAGAACUCAAACGCGUCUACAUCCUCUUCAAUGCCAAACACGGGCUAAAUGAAACUGACAAGCUCAUGCUUGCUGCUCUCUCCUCGUCUCUGCUCUCCGAGCGCGGUGCACAAGCCUUCACACUGCAGUCCAUAAUCACCAAAGCCGACACAGUGCCUACAGCAAAACUACAGGGCACUAUUUCUAACAUGAAAAAGGACAUAUGGGAUGCGGCACCUCUCUGUCUACCUCCAAUUAUUACAAGUGCGGAGAUGAGCCCACCGUUUGGGAUCAAUCAAGUGAGGCAGAGCAUCGCUGAAGCAUGCGGGUUAUAG